GGUUGCCCGGAACUCGUUGACCGGUCUACACUAUGCCGCAACCGCGGCAGUGACGUGCGCAUGACGCGCUGGUUCGUUCAACAGCAGAGCAUAGCGCGCACGGCACGCGCCGCCAGUCUAUGCUCGUCGCGCACCUCUUGCGCGCGCUCCAUAUAUCAAUACAAAUCGCGAAAGUCGACCGCAUUAUUGCAUUCAAUAGGUGUCUUCACACUCUUUUAGAAAAGGUUCGUCCUUUUCGUCGUGCAUCCGUUUUAUUUAAUUAGCCUGUAAAUAAAACCAACCCAAAGAUGGACACCAUAUUAAACUGGUACACGGACCUCAUGGACAAUAAGGGAGAUCCCCGCGUACAAGACUGGCCGAUGAUGUCAUCGCCGAUGCCCACCCUGGCUAUAUGUGUCACUUACGCGUACAUUUCUCGUGUACUAGGGCCACGGUUGAUGGAGAACCGCAAGCCGUUCGAAUUGAGAAGUGUUCUAAUAGUAUACAACCUAGCACAGACAAUAUUCAGCGCCUGGAUAUUUUAUGAAUAUUUAAUGAGUGGUUGGUGGGGUCAUUACAACUUCAGAUGCCAGCUCGUAGACUAUUCGCGAAGCCCGAUGGCGAUGAGGAUGGCGAACACGUGUUGGUGGUACUACUUCAGCAAGUUUACGGAGUUCUUCGACACUCUGUUCUUCGUACUGCGUAAGAAGAACGAGCAGGUGUCAACUCUGCACGUGAUACACCACGGCAUUAUGCCCAUGUCAGUCUGGUUCGGGCUUAAAUUUGCUCCUGGUGGUCAUAGCACUUUCUUCGCUCUGUUGAAUACUUUUGUCCACAUAGUUAUGUACUUCUACUAUAUGAUAUCUGCGAUGGGACCUAAGUACCAGAAAUAUAUUUGGUGGAAGAAAUACCUCACCGCCUUCCAGAUGGUGCAGUUCGUGCUGAUAUUCAGUCACCAGCUGCAGGUAUUGUUCCGGCCGUCGUGCCAGUACCCGCGCGUGUUCGUCUUCUGGAUCGCAAUGCAUGGAUUCCUCUUCCUGUUCCUGUUCAGCGACUUUUACAAAGCGCGCUACAAAAACAAUAAUUCUGAGAGGAAAGCUAAGUUCGCGAAUGGACUUUGUAUGGCGGUGAUGGACGAUAGCAGCUCGCUGAACGGCAAGCACGGAUACAAACAGGACGCCGGCUCGGAGGUGCCGAGCUCAUACGCGUCCUCCGCAGCGGACGCGUUCGUACGCAAACGGCCGCUAUCAUAGGGGACCCGCCCUAACAUCACUCUAGCUUUAACCCGUCUCUCAACUGCGACGGUCUGCACUGCAUCGAUUUGCACCGGUCCUGUACUCUGAAAAUCGACAAUCGUUAUGACGUGGACACUCCAGUCAUCUAUCCUGCUCUAACUUACGAUAUACCGCCGUAUCUUGAUUUGGCCAUCUAUCGUCCGCCAUAUGGUUCAAUGAUUAAGUUUUGACGAUUUACUCGACUAUACUCAGGCCAGUCGAUUUGGUAGGGUGACCAAAAUACUAUGUAAGCAGAGUUGGGCUACAAUCACGGUUUUAUCCCAUCUCUGUAUGUGCGUAAAUAAAAUAAAGUCAUAAUUAACAAUUAUUUAUUUAAACAAUAAAAAUCGGGUAAAUCAUCAAAUACGUUGCUCCCGUCGAUCUGCCAAACUUUUAACCUGGCCGAUAGUGAUUUUCCUGGUCGAGUCAAGAAAUGGCGGCAUAUCGUGAAAUGCUCGGGCAAAUUUUGACCGACCCACGGUUUUAAAGCUUUAGAGUACACUUGUUGCCUCGAGUUGUACUACAUCAGGCUAUAUUUCACCGUGCUGCGGUCUACUAGUGUCUAUGGACGCUUUAACAGAGGCGUGCCUUAACCUGCAUUAUACGCGGAACACUAGUUUCCUCUGUGUCCGCGGACAUAAGAUCGUCCCGACGCUGUCUAUUACGGCUCCCUCUAUUUAAUGUAUUAUUACUUUAAAGAGGAAAAAUGUCGAGUUUGCCUUUACAUUAGAUAUCUACUCGAAGAAGAUCCGGAUGCCUCGACGUAUUUAAGUACAAAUUAUUGUAAAAACUGAUGAUACAAAUUGUCGUAUCUGGCAUUUUAGAUCUGAAUGUCAUUUAGGCGAGUGUUCCUGUUUUUCAGUAAUUAUAAUUUCAAAUUAUGUUUGUCGAUUCACAGUAAUAGUCGUUUUGUUAGUUGAAGUGAGAUGGGCAUUUUGUGUGUAUAUUUUUUACUAUAAAUGGAUGUAGCCGUUAAAUAAAUCAUGUAAUUAGGUAUCCUUGGAGGUUGGCGGAUAAUUUGUAAAUAAAAUUUUGUUACGAAGUUGCUGAUUUUAAGUAAUUAUUUAUAAGUCAUGUUACCGAGUCUGUACGGCCAUGUGAUUCGCUAACUAUGUGUAUAUUCAUUUUCUUCCCGCACUGAGCUCAAGUAUUUUUAUACUUUAUUUUCAUAUCUAGUAAAUCGUUAAUAUUUAUACAAUAGAUCAAAUUGAACAAAAUGAAUAAAAUACUUCUGCAUUUUUAUAUUUUGAGCCUGAAUCUGAACUGAUUGUAAUUAUGAAACUCAUUUUCUUAUAUUAAAAGAAAUAAGAGCUAUUUAUUUACAUUUAGAAUUUUUUAAUAAUGUUUUUCACCUCUUUUGUCUAUAUAUAAGAUUUCUAAUUUCACGAUCUAUCGAUAAUUUAUACUAAUCGGAUAUCUGAAAAAUGUUACCAAAUAAAGAUUUAAAAUGUCAUGAUGAAAAAAUAUAUAUUUAUCCCACAAAAGAAUUUGUACUGCUGUGUUAAGAAAAAAGUGAACGAAUGGUGUUGUGAAAACAAUAUUAUUCAUGUCCAUUUCACCUAAUCGUGUACAAUUCCCCUUAAUGUUUUAUAAGACAUAAAAGCACUUAUUGUAUACUUUUUUAUGAAUUUUUAAAAGAAGUUUACCUUAACACGGCAGUAAGCUUUGUGUUAUUGAUAUUUUCUAUCUGUCUUAAUUAUUUUUUUAAGUUCAAAAUUUUAAUCCAUUGUUAUAAUUUUCUGGAAUUGUAAUGGGAUUUGAUAUUUUUGUGUUGAAUAGGCACAGUAUCUGGGUCUAUUCACAAAUCAGAUUAUUAAUGUAUUGUAUCGCCGUAUCCAUGCUUUAAAUGUUGUGCAAGCGUGGCGUGUGCAGUGGCUUUAAAGCGGUUCGCCGCUGUAUGCAAACCUGCUCAAGUAUUCUUGCGUAUUCACUCUUGCAUCUUUAUUUAUUAUUUUAAUAAAGGAUUUUACUAUU